AUGGAUGAUUCAUCAAGCUGUUCCAUCGACAUCGAAACUUCAUCCGCAACGAGCUACGAGCCCUCACUCUAUGAUAACACCGUUCAGUCUCGCGAUGAUGCCAUUGCUAUCAUCGGUUUUUCGCUCAAACUACCCCAAGAAGCUACAUCGACGGAGGAAUUCUGGGAAAUGAUAUUAGCAGGUCGCAACGCAGCAACCCCAUUUCCAGAAGAUCGAUUGAAUCAUGCGGCAUUUCAUAGCACUGAUCCCGCAAAUAUUGGAACCAUUCGACCCCAACAAGGACAUUUCCUCCGCGAUGAUCUCGCAGAGUUCGAUGCCCCAUUCUUCUCCAUCACUGCCGGUGAAGCCGCAGCUAUGGAUCCACAACAGCGCGGGCUACUGGAGACAACAUACAGAGCUCUAGAAAACGCCGGUAUUCCAAUGGCGAAAGUAAGCAAUACCUCCACAUCAGUCUUCACCGGAUACUUUACUGCAGACUGGGCUUCAAUGAUGGCUAGAGAUCCAGAAAAUGUCCCCAGAUACGCUGCUACCGGGGUGGCGGGAACAAUGCUGUCAAAUCGCAUAAGUUGGUUCUUUAAUACCCAUGGACCGAGCAUGACUAUCGAUACUGCGUGUUCCGCAAGCCUUGUGGCGCUUGAUAUGGCAUGUCAGUCUAUCCGCCAAGGGCAAUCCACGAUGGGUAUUGUGGCGGGAUGUAAUAUGGUAUACUCACUGGACGUUACUGUGGGUCUAUCCAAUCUCGGAUUUCUAUCGGCAGAGGGACGGAGUCGCAGCUUUGACAGUCGUGCUUCUGGGUACGGUCGAGGCGAAGGGUUUGGCGUUGUUAUUAUCAAGCCGUUAUCUGAUGCCUUACGAGAUGGCGACACCAUUCGAGCCUUAAUCCGAUCUACAUCAUCCAACCAGGACGGCCGAACUGGUCUAGCUCAGCCGAGCAUGGAGGCGCAGAAACGGUUGAUCGAGCAAACGUAUCAGCAGGCAAAUUUAGAUAUGUCGCUGACACAAUAUAUUGAAGCACAUGGCACUGGAACCGCCGUUGGAGAUCCACUAGAAGCAAUGGCGAUAGGUUCCGCUUUUCGACGCGGGCAAUCCCCAGAAAAUCCCCUAUAUGUCGGCGCGCUGAAAGCAAAUUUCGGUCACUUGGAGGGAGCAAGCGGCAUAGCAGGGUUGAUCAAGACCGUGUUGAUCCUUGAGCGAGGCGUGAUUCCUCCCAUUGCGGAGUUAGAGGAGCUAAACCCAGAGAUUGACGAUGAGCUGUUGAACCUAAGAUUUCCGAAGAAACUAACCGCAUGGCCUACACGAGGACUUAGGCGGGCGUCAGUCAACUCAUUCGGUUUUGGUGGAACCAAUUCUCAUGCUGUGCUUGACGAUGCCUUCCAUUACCUGCUUUCACAAGGCUUAGAAGGUAAUCAUUGCACUAUCGAACGACCUUUGGAUGGAGAUGAGAAACUCCAGGAGUGUCUCAUUUCGAAGUCCAUGCUAACUCCUAACAUGGAGUGGAACCAGCCUCAACGACCUAGAAUCUUCGUAUGGUCCGCUGGGGAUGAAGACGGGAUUUCUAGAACGGCAAAAAAUUUUACCACUCACUUCAAUACACUCAAGUUGAACCCCGGAUCCUCUGCAUCAUACGUUGAAGCUUUAGCAUAUUCGCUAACUGCACGACGAAGCUUGCUGCAAUGGAGGUCUUUCGUUGUAGCGGACUCUCUGAGCGAACUCUCUUCGAUUGAGUCUUCGAAAUCACGCCCCGUUAAGGUCCGCAGCACAGAACCAAAGCUCGGUUUUAUUUUCACAGGCCAAGGCGCGCAAUGGUCUGGCAUGGGGAGAGAACUGAUGACCUUUCCUAUCUUCCGGGAUAGCCUAUAUGAUGCAGAUUCAUACCUCGUUAGGCUAGGUAGCAGAUAUCGUCUCGCUGGUGAUUUUAUUGCGCAGGUUGAUAACAGCUCAAAGAUUAACGACGCUACUAUAUCCCAGCCGGUCUGCACUAUUCUUCAAGUUGCCCUCGUCGACUUAAUGCGUUCCUUCAGCAUCCUUCCUUCGUGUGUUGUAGGGCAUUCAUCUGGUGAGAUUGCUGCAGCAUAUGCUACUGGGGCUAUAUCACGGGAAUCUGCUUGGAGGCUAGCUUACUACCGUGGCGUAGUAUCUGGUAGUCUAGCAGGUCACGAAGCAUGCGGAUCAAUGAUAUCGGUCGGUCUUUCUGAGAUUUCAGUCAAACCGUAUAUCAAUACUAUCCAAGAUCGUUUCUCCAAUGGAUAUUUGUCGAUCGCAUGCACAAACAGUCCAAAGAAUGUUACGAUAUCCGGCAGUACGCCCCUGGUCGAAGCGUUAAAGGAACUCUUGGACAUCGACAACGUUUUUUCCCGUGUAUUGUCCGUCCCGGUAGCGUAUCAUAGUCAGCAGAUGAACGCUGUAGCCGCACAAUACCUCGAGUGCAUCCAAGGUCUUGAAACUGGAGAUUUGUAUACUCAAGAGAAAGUAAAGAUGGUUUCUUCUGUAACGGGUCAACUGAUUUCGCCCGAAGACCUUCUCCGGAGCCAGUAUUGGGUUGACAACAUGGUCUCGACAGUGAAGUUUUCGCAAGCAAUCAAAAUCGUAUGUUCACAUGUAGGUAAAUCCACUCGGAAGAAGCUUGACCGGAGCCACCGAACCGUCGCAACAGUUGACGAGCUAGUCGAGAUCGGUCCCCAUGGGGCAUUGCGAGGCCCAAUUCGGGAAAUCCUAACAACGUUAAGCAAUGGUAAUAAAGUCGGGUAUUGUUCUGCGCUAGCCCGAGGAAAGCCCGCAAUCAAUACAAUCCUGGAACUUGCCGGUCAUUUACACUGCCUUGGAUACCCGGUUGAUCUCUUACUUGCUAACCAGCUCUAUCUCAGCCCCAAAUCAACACCAGCGCUCCUUGCAGACCUACCAGAAUACCCUUUCAACCAUUCACAGAAAUACUGGCUAGAACCCAAAAUGAGCAAGGAACUCAGACUAAGAUCUCAUGGUCGCAAUCCGCUUUUGGGUACUCCAUCAAGCAAUUGGAACCCUCUAGAUGCUUGUUGGAAUCACUCUAUAAAAGUAUCUGAUCCGGCAUGGGUGAAAGAUCACGAGAUUAAUGGAGUUGUUUUAUAUCCUGGUGCAGGCUUGUUGGUGAUGGCCUUGGAGGCUAUGGCUCAGACCUCGGGUGAUGCAGAAGUGACAGCCUAUGACUUCAAAGAUGUCAUAUUUCAUACUCCUCUGGUCAUCCCCACAGAAAAUGAAGGGAUAAAGACCCAACUUCAUUUGCGACCAUUGCGAGAUUCUUCCAACAAGCGUAUUUCGUGGUCAGAAUUCUGCAUCUAUGCCUGUCAGGACGGAACAUGGGAAGAAUGUUGUCGUGGCACCAUCCAAGCGAUACGGGACGAAGGUGGGACGACGGAGGUGGACAGUGGACACCAAACGAAACGGUGGCAUCAAGAUGCGCUAAAGAGACUUGAUUCUGCUGCACUCUCUUGUACUAAAAGCGCCAGCCGACCACGAUUCUACUCCCGAUUGUAUGGCCUCGGCUAUCAUUACGGGGAAAACUUUCAGAGAUUAGAAAAAGUAUAUCACAAUGGUCGAGGCCAAUCACUUGGCUAUAUUGAUAUCUUCCAGAAAAGCGAUGCAGCCUCACACGGUGCGAGCAUCAUCCAUCCUGCAGCUCUUGAUUGUUUUCUUCAAAUGAUGCUUCCGGGCAGUGUUCUGGGAAGUAACACAACCCGGACAACUAUGGUUCCUACCCGAAUUGGGAGACUUUGGAUAUCUGCAGCAGAUCUAGCGCCUCAACAAAGCGAAAUUCUUCAAGCCUAUGCCCAGAUCGAGGAAAGGAAGAUUCGGUCUACCAAAUCCUCGAUAUUUGCCAUUAGUAAGAGGAACAAAGAGAUCAAGAUACAUGCUGAGGGUAUCGAGGCGACUUCCGUGCCUGACGGUGGCCCUCAACCUGGCUACGAUUCGCAGGCUUCUACUAAGCUAUUGUGCUGGAACAAAGUAUAUAGGCCAGACGUUAGCCUUCUCUCUUAUGAUGGCACGACAGUGAUUCCAAAGGCAUCCAAGACAAUUACACCUCCUAGUCAGAUUUGUUCUAGUAUCGUAAUUACUGGCGGCGAAUCCAAAGGAUUUUCUUUGGAAUUGAUAAAGCUAGUAAUCAGACAGCUGAAAGAGUUAGGAUCUCCGAAAGUCAACGUGGGGUCAUUCGAAGAUAUGGCUCACCACGAUGACCUCUCUGGCGAACUUGUAGUGGUCCUGGACUUGUCUGAUCAACCAAUUCUUCAAAGACUAGAUUCUGUGAGCUACCCAGCAUUCCAUUCCACACUUUGUGCAACCAGGAACAUCCUAUGGCUUACUGGUGGGGGUGGUAUUUUAUCAACAAGUCCAGGUUUCAGUACUGUGCUUGGUCUAUCAAGAACGCUCCGUAUGGAGUAUGGGGAUAUGCUUUUCACAUCACUUCAGCUGGAAAGUACGACUCAGAUGACCAAGAAACGAGAACAUAUUAUCGGAUCAGUUCUGCGACAAGCUCUAAUGAAGACUUUGUCAGACCACCAUGAAUCUGAAUAUGUUGAGGUGAGAGGGGGACUCUGUAUCCCGCGUGUUGAAGAGUGCGACGAGCUCAACGCAAAGGUAUCAGAGUUCACAUCGAAGGGGACAUCAAUGAUGAUCCCAUAUAGUCAUGAAAAUCUUCGACUGACAAUCCGCACGCCUGGUCUGCUGGAUACCCUGGUUUUUCUCCAAGAUAAGACCGAUCUCCAAUAUCUUGCUCCUGACGAGGUGAUCAUACGGGUUAAAGCCAUCGGCGUAAAUUUCAAGGAUUGCCUAGUCGCAUUAGGGAGGGUGCCAGAUGAGACCUUUGGGACCGAGUGUGCUGGAGUUGUCGAGCAAGUUGGAAUGCAGAGCAGCCUAAGAGUAGGAGACCGUGUUGCCGUAAGCGUUCUGGAUACAUUCAAGACCUUCGUAAAGUCCAAGGAUGUCUUAGCCGUAUCCAUACCUGACAGCAUGACAUUCGCAGAGGCUGCUGGGAUCUCAACCAACUUUAGCACCGCCUAUUACGCUUUGGUCAACGUUGCACGCCUGUCUCCGAGAGAGAAGGUUCUUAUUCACUCAGGAGCUGGCGGUACUGGCCAAGCGGCAAUCCAAAUAGCCCAGCAUGUGGGGGCGGAGGUUUUUGUUACGGUUGGGUCCGAGAAGAAGAAAAACUUCUUAAUUGAUCUCUACGGCAUUCCUGCAGACCAUAUACUAUACAGCAGGGAUUUAUCCUUCGCUCAAGGAAUUAUGCGUCUCACUGAUUCUCGGGGGGUGGAUGUAGUCCUUAAUUCGCUCGCAGGUGAAGGUUUAGUUGCAUCGUGGGAAUGCAUUGCACCAUACGGAAGAUUUUUGGAAAUUGGGAACAAGGAUAUCUACUCCCACGGAAAGCUUCCAAUGUUCCAAUUCGCUAAGAACGUUUCUUUUAGUGCCAUAGAUAUGGCAGCAAUGAUCAAAGACAGGCCAGCUGUAAUUGGAGAUGUGGUUCGCAAGGUGGUCGAACUGAUGGCUAGGAACGAACUUCACCCACAGUUCCCACUGAAGACAUUUCAGAUAUCAGAAGUUGAACAAGGACUACGGUACCUUCAGAGUGGCAAGCAUGUCGGUAAAGUGGUGGUAGAAGUUAACCCACAUGUUGAAGUACCGGCAUUCGUCCGGCCAAAACUGACAUGGAGAUUUGACCCGGAAGCAGUUUACCUAAUUGCUGGUGGGUUGGGUGGGCAAGGUCGAAGUAUUGCCAGGUGGAUGGUUGAAAGAGGCGCAAAGCAUUUGAUGCUUUUGUCUCGGUUUGGCCCACGCAAUGGUGCUGCUCGCGCUUUCGUACAUGAAAUGCGGGAAGUUGGAAUAGACAUCCAGAUACCUUCAUGUGACAUCACGGACGCUGGAGCUCUUAAGGCGGUUCUUAUGCAAGGCACAAGCGUGAUGCGCCAAAUUAAGGGCUGUAUACAGUCUAGUAUGGUCUUAAGUGAUAGCUUGUUUGAGGACAUGAGUGCAGAACAAUGGACAGCGGCCACCUCUCCUAAGAUCGCUGGAUCUUGGAACUUGCAUCAACAGCUGCCUCGGGGCCUUGACUUCUUCAUCCUUUUAUCAUCUGUAGGUGGAAUCAUUGGGUCGACAGGACAAUCCAACUAUAAUGCAGGCAACUCGUUCCAAGAUGCUCUCGCGCAAUAUCGGAUAUCUUGUGGCGAGAAGGCAGUGGCCCUGGACCUCGCCGUCAUGGCGAAUGAAGGGUUCCUUGCAGAAAACGACCACAUCAUGGACCAAUAUAUCCGGGCGAAACAAAUUCUUUCCAUGUCUCAAGAGGACCUGUUUGCCAUACUUGACUAUUUCUGUAACCCUGCUCUACCCCUCGAUCGCUGCCAGAGUCAAGUAGUGAUGGGAUUGGAGCUACCUGCAAACGUUCAGGCUAGAGGUGAUGAGGAACCCGCAUGGAUGAAUCAGUCACUGUUCAAGCCAUUAAGAUCUUUUACAGCAAGCGAACCUAGCGUCGAAAAAGGAGUGCGCGUAGGAAUAGGCAACGAAGUUAAAGAGCUGCUCAACUCAGCCCACUCGCUGAUCGAAAAAGCAGAAAUCAUCAAGAAUACGAUAGUAGAAAAGCUCUCACGAUUACUUUCAAUGGCAGUUGAAGAAAUGGACGCUGAGAAGCCUAUCCAUCAUUUUGGAGUAGAUUCUCUUAUCUCAGUAGAGCUUCGGAAUUGGUUCCUGAAAGUAUUCAAUACGGAUAUCGCAGUUUUCGAAAUCAUGGGAGGUGCUUCUGCUAUAUCAUUAGGGAAGGUGGUGGCAGAAAAGUUAAGUACUAGUAGGCGCUAA